AUUAGAGUGGGGAUAGAAAAGUUUGUACGGUGUGGUACGAUAAGAUCGGGCAAAGUUGAUAAAUAGAACGGUAUACUGACUCGGAGCGGUAUUUGGUCGCGUGACGCCGAGGCGUGCGCAUCUAACCGAAUCGUUGGCACGGUGAGAGUUCACAUUGGUCAAAAAUCAAUUUUACAUUCGUCGCAUUCAAUUUUUCUGUCAAAAUUCGGAUAGCAUCGAAAUAUAGUCGAGAGCUUAACAUCGAUAUGUUGAGAAAAUUAUUAAGCAAAUCUGGUCGGAGACUACUUAGGGCUAUCAAGAAAUUAUCGACGAAAAGUCGCAAGGCAAAAAAGUCACGAAAUUUGAGUUCUUGGCACUCGACUAUACCGGAAUACGAAACAGAAUCUCUUUCAUGGUCUUUAUUAUCUCUGGAUACGAAAAGUAUCGACACAUUCACAACUUAUGUUGCCGAUAAUUCUGAAGACAGCGUUUCGAUGUGUUGUUAUUGCGACGAAUACGAAGAAAAUCAACGUAACGAAAACAUAGAAAACGAAAUGAUGAUCUAACAUAUACGAUGUUACGAUGAAUAUUUCAUCCAUAUAAUUAUUUUUAUUUUAUUUUAUUUUAUUUUUUUUUUAAAUACCGAUAUAACUUCGAGAUAUCAUCUCAAAAGUAUGUAUCUACUGUGAAAAGAUCGACGAGAAACAUCGAAGACGUUUCGCGAUCCAUUUUAUAAAAUAAUCGAAUGCGUUUAAUUAUUUUUUGAGAUAUAUAUAUUUUCAUAAAGAUUCUUUUGAGAGGAUCAUAAAGGACCAUAUUCUUUUCAAUCAAACGUAAAUAAGAUACUUUCUUUUAAAUAACGAUUAAUGCAACGAACCGUUUAAGAGGUUAUAUUUCUUCGUAAUAGGUUAAUGCGUUUUUCAAAAUAUUAUACUAUUAUAAAUAUGCACAUAUUCUAAAUUAAGUUUAUUAUAUAGGUAUUUUCGUUUAUGAUAUUGAAUAUAUAAAAUAAGGACGAUAUACAUAGUUCUAUCAGUUUUUCAAAGAGGGAUUAUAUGUAUAUCACGAUUCAUGUAUCAGUUAGUUUUUUUGCUUAGUACUUACUUAUUUAUUUUAAUCUCAAUUUGACUUGGUACUUUAAUCGUUAAAUCAUAAGGGUGAAAAGGGGAAAAGUGCAGAAAGGAAAGAACGUUUCUUAUCUUUUCCUAUUGUUUUAAAAACUAUCGAUGCGUGUACACGAAUGUAUGUAUAUACGAAUGAUCUGUCGAUAAUCUGUUACCAUCGAGGUGAUUUUAAGAUAUUAAGAUAUUCGUCGUUGAAAAUAUUUUCCGUGAAAAUAUUAUAUUUUCUCACACGGUGUACAUAGAAAUAUCACUGUUGUAGAAUAGAUUUAAUUUUGAAAAUUUCACUGUUUAAAAAUAAUACAGAGUACAUACUAUAUACGCUAAAGUGCAUUGCAACGAAUGCAAGGUAUAUAAUAUAAUAUUAUACUCAUAUAUUUUCUCACAAUAUUGUUCUCAAAUUGCAUAAUUUUUAUAAUUAAAAAAAAUUGAUUGUAUCGAAUCAUUUUAUUCGGUUUUUUCGUAAAAUAUUUUUCGAAAACUAUGAUUUUAGGAUAUAGGAUUUGUACACGAUAUGUAUAUAGAAAAAUCACAUGAAUAUAUUAUGUAUAUAUAAUAGUUAUACGAUAUGUGCGAUAUGUACAUAGAUAUAUGAACGAGUCACGAUUCUUUUAAUGUAACGUAUGUUCGACGAGGCUGUGACUUUUUAACGGAUGCGAAUGUCGUAUAAAUAAAAUAAUUUUCUCGAGGA